AUGGCAAUAGGCAUGUGUACCAACCUAAAUAGCCAUCUGUGUCCAAUGCAGAUCCAGAAAAUAGUACAUAUUCUGUCAGGGAUGCAUGUAGAAAGGUGAGGCUUAAGGUCAUUCCUGAAAAUUUGUGCAUCACCCAUUCACGGUCUUUGCUUGGUAAGAUGUGGCCGGGGUAAAGUUCUUCCAGUUCACUGCUUAUUUUGUGAAAUACUUGCUCUAUGUCUUUACCUGAAUUGGAAUAAGAAUAGUGAUGAUGGUGAUGUUGGUGGUGGUGGUGAUGACAGUGAUGGUGAUGACAGUGAUGGUGGUGGUGGUGAUGAUAGUGAUGGUGAUGAUAUUGUCAUGACAGUGAUGGUGGUGGUGGUGAAGAUGAUGUUGGUUGGUGGUGAUGACAGUGCUGGUGAUGACAGUGAUGUUGGUUGCAGGAGACUUUGUUCCCUUGUUAAUGUUUUUAGCUAAUAAAAAUAGCAAAAUUUCGUCAAAUUACCCUGCUGCAAGUCGAACGCGCUUUUCGCGUGAUGAAUUUCACGCGCCAUAAUGAAACAGGCUACCGCAGUUCAAAGGUCAGCUGUCGCAAAGUACAAUAUUAAUUAUUAUUAUUAUAUAAAGAGCCAAUUAUUACAUCAAAACUGAAUAGUUUACCGACUUCUUUGCACUGUAUUCUCUAAAAUAAUUCUGUCGCUCAUAUAUAUUAGAUUUUGAUUUGAAGCAAACGCCCGAAUUCACUAAAAUACUCACACGAGGCGCGCAAAUUCUAAUAGACGCAUUACUGACAGAUCGCGCGUGCAACAUGUACGCAAGAUAUCCAAGCGUGGGCAGACCCAGGCAUUAAUAUGCCUGAGUAUUCAUUAGAAUAAUGUGGUUGAAACUGAAGGCAGAAUUGCGAUUAUAUAGUUGCAUGGAAGAAAUUACCUGCAUGUUUUUUCCCAAUGUUGACAAGGGUUUCUUGGCUAAACGUAGGUGAUCUCAUCUUCAAAUAAAUGUGAAUAAAAGCUAUAAACAAUAUGAUAAGCAAGCAAUUUUUCAAGAAGCGCAUUGACAUUUUCUUUCAAAAUUUUCCAAGACUUCUGGACAAUUUCAGCUCUUUUCUUCCCAAUGUGAUAAGCACAGAUCAAUGGUACCAGUCCGUACCAGAGUCUGGGCCUAUGGUCUGGUGCUUAUAAAAAAUAGGUACGCUAAGCGUACAUGUAUCUGCGACACUGUCGUCUCGUACCCAGUAGGCUCGAUUACCAGCCGGCAUUCCGAGAACGGCUGGUAAUCGAGCCGGCUACGUACCCAGGCCAAGCAGUUUGCGACAGAUAUAAUCAUAAAGGCGCGUUUACACGUGCAAUUUUUGCUGCGAUUUCUUCUUCUGAUGGAUGUGAACGAGUGGAUGGGUUAGGAAUGUUCAGACGAGAGUACAUAUCAUAGUAGAUAUGUUAGCCUGCUUGAGAGCCUGUUCGCAGGCUAUAGAUAUGUCAGAACAUUCAUAACUCAUCUGCUCGUUCACAUCCAUCAGAAGAACAAAUCUCGCUAGAAAUCGCAAGAAAAGAAAGAAAAGAAAAUAAAAAUAAAAAAAUAAUAAUAAAAAAAAUAAUAAUAAAUUUUUGAUUGAAAAUUACGAUUUUCAGUUUUUCAAUCUUCAACUGAAAUCGGUUAGCUUAACCCCAGGUUAACCUAAAAUUCAAAGCAAACUUCCUAACAGCUUUGCUUAUAAACUUGGAAAUAUUUCUUUAGAAAUCUUGUCUGGAUCAAUGUCAAUGAGAGUUUCCUUCUCUGAAGUUUUGAAACAAAUAGACGUGCAAAAAUACAUAAACUAAAGCAGCAGGUUAAAUUCUAAUGCAGGGUUUAGCGCUAGUCCACCUUUGAGACGCUCGGUAAUAGGGACAGACCAUUAGAAAUCCCAGGAAGGGGAGGGGGCUAAAAAUUCUUGGACUUCAGUGCUCUUAAAUAUUUAUCAUUAUUGGCGAUUCACCAUCCAGAUUGUUGAACGCUGCACUGUCACUGAUGAGCUGUAGUGCGAAGAUAUUCCGCUGCCGGACAUUUUUCAGCGCUGAGUUAUAGAUACAGCCAAUGUAAAAAAAGGUUGUCCAUUGAAAACUUUAACUCUAAAACCUUAAACCUUAAACUCUAAGCGCGCAAAGCUUAAUGGGAGCACAAGUUUCAAACCUUAGUAAUUGAAUAUUGCAGCUAUUUGUGAAUGAAUUAUUCUCGUAAGGAGAUAUUUACCAUGUCUCUAAGAAAUGGCCUGCAUAUAUGAUUUCUAAACUGGUUAACAACUUUUUUGAAUUUAUAACUGUAUGUUUACAUGUAACUUAUUUUUGUUACAUCUUCACACACAACGUACAUUUUCGUAAACAUGCAAGACCUUUUCAUCAGACAAUUAUAGUAUUAAAAUAGUUUUUAAUGGAAAAUUUCAUACAUAAUUUGUCACUGCCCGCGCCUCGACCUUAACUGCAGUAGUAAAACAUAAUUUGAAGCUAUUGGUAAAUUAAACUACCAUGCAGUGCUCAACAUACUAAGAAUUACAGAUCAUAUAUUAAUUAACAAUAAAAUUUAAUUUCUCUCACUUCACAGAGUUGAAGCACACAUAAUACACCAUGAUUCAAAAACUAGGAAUAAAGGAACCUAUCUCGCUUUUCAGUUCGUAAUAGUACGCAACACCAAAAGCUCGGAACAUUUUUAAUACUCCUAUUACAUCAACGGCAGUGAAUAGUCCAUCUGACAUUAUCGUUACCACACUCCAAGGUAUAAACCCGUGUCCAUGUUCUAAGAACCAUGUAUUUGCCUUCACAAGCUUAGGCAUCCUGCGGAGCCAGGGGGGUACUUAAUAUAUUCGCCAGGUUUGUAUUCAGUAGCUUCUAUAUCGCCUUCUUUCCAGUAUUUUAAUGAUCCUGUCUCUGAUAUAACUUGAAGUGUGCAAUUUAGCCAGUGCCGACCUGAGACACAACAGAAAAAUUCACAUGUAAACAUGUUAGUUUAUUCACUGUUAAUAGAGGUUUAUUGUAUCCUAUUCCCCACACAUAAGUGCCGCAUUAGAAUAAAUAGGUACAUGCGCCUUUUAAGCAGGGCCCGUGGCAUAUUAUAACACUUUUAACAAGUUCGUUAACCGCGUACACCUGCAGGGACCGAUUAGCUAAUGGCUUGCAACAUGUACGCAGUCAACCUCGUACCCAGGCUCUUUCCACUACGCGCAGCGAGGCGCGUAGUGGAAAGAGCCUGGGUACGAGGUUGGUACGCAGUACCAACCAGAGGCAUUUAACCCACCUAACCCCUCGCCCUGUUGGGAGGGGGGGGGGGGCAACGAAGGGGCAGAUAACAUUACCGAGGUCUGAAAAAUUCUGGAUAUCCUGCGUAAGCCAAAUCCAAUAAUUUAAUUGUUUUAUUAUUCAUUCUGUAACAGUAACAAAUAAAACGAACGAAAAUUAAAAACAAAUGAAAAUUCAUUAACUUUUCAUAAAAUUUCCCGCCAAUUUGUAAUUUCACACAUAACAAAGCACCGCUGAAAUAUCUCGGGCUCCGUUCAAUAACUCCUACAGAUAACUGUUUCUGCUAAAAAUAGCACGGGCACCUACAAAUACCUAAAAUUAUUUGUAGGCUUUUAGCCAUUUGUAGUUUGAAAAAAACGAGAACACAGUACACAAUGAAUAAUAACUAUUAUAUGUAGUAGUUUCGAGAGGUGUAGUUGCAAACAAGCUGAUGCCCUGCAUAACGCUUACUGAAACCCACCACUUGAAUAUGAGAAUGCAAUAAAGCAUUUUGAGAAUGGCAUGUGUACCAACCUAAGUAGCCAUCUGUGUCCAAUGGAGACCCAGCAAAUAUUACAUAUUCUGUUAGGGAUGCAUGUAGAAAAAUGAGGCUUAAGGUCAUUCCUGAAAAUUUGUGCAUCACCUAUUCCCGGUCUUUGCUUGGUAAGAUGUGGCCGGGGUAAAGUUCUUCCAGUUCACUGCUUAUUUUGUGAAAUACUUUCUGUAUGUCUUUACCUGAAUUGGAAUAAGAAUAGUGAUGAUGGUGAUGUUGGUGGUGAUGACAGUGAUGUUGGUGAUGAUGAUUGUGAUGACAGUGAUGAUGAUGACAGCGAUGGUGAUGACAGUGGUGGUAGUGAUGGUGGUGAUCGAUGGAAGUGUUGGUGA